AUGGCUCUCUUCCUUCAGAGCAAGUCUAUGUCGGCCUUUGGACUCACGCUGCAAACUCUCAUUGCUACUCGAUUGACCUUUUUUGUCACAUUCGCACUCGUGAACACUUCCUUCAAUAUCUUUACAGAUGUUCUCUUUGCCACGAUACCCAUUCCGAUAAUCUGGAACCUCAAGAUGCGACGCAAAGUGUGGUUGUAUCUAAUAGGCAUCCUCAGUCUGGAUAUGUGUCCGUUCUUUCCAUUUGAAGUUAUCGUGCAAUCCCAAAAGUCAUCCUAUCUAACUCAUUAUCUCGAGUAUAGCGCCGUUAUAUUUGGCGUUCUGACCGUCAUCUAUCAGAUUGCAUUUCAAACGACUCAAGAUCAGUAUCUGGAUGAUUGGAUUCUAUUCUGGGCAACUGCUCAGUUCAACACGCGAAUUUUGGCAGCCUGCAUACCCUCUCUCAAGCCCUUAGAGAGCACUGUGCUAAAGCGUUCCGAGUAUUCUAAUUCCAACUCCCAAACCCGCGGUCCCUACGGCCGUCAUUCCCGUCGCCACGCACCAACAGGUACUGGAGGUAGCAUUCCUACCACAUGGCGCGGUAGCGGCAACCACAUGUGGUCUGUGCAUCGAGGCGACCAGUAUAUGCUUCAGGAUCUUGGGAGUAGGGACUCUAGUGAUCAUUUCCCUGAGGGUUGCCCCAAUGGGGAGUACAUCGUGACAGCGGCAUAUGCCGAGGAACGGUCUGCGACGGUUGCUACGCAGCCACCAGGACAGGAACAUCAGACAAAAAAUGAAAAUAUUAGAACAACGGAGGUCAUUGUCAAUUGA